UUCCGACUUGAUACCGAUGAUUAUCUUUGUAGCAGCCAAUGAGCGUGUUCAGUAGCUGCACUGUUAUAACGAGAUUGGUUUGUGUUAUUCCUAUAAACCCACUACCCUGUUGCUCUUGCUUUCCCUCAUGGCGAUUCAGGCAGAUAUUCCACCCGAUCUUACCGAUGAAGACAAAGCUCUCGUAUUUCAAGUUCUCGAUGUUGUACUGAACUCCCAAAUUCUCUAUGCGCUAUUGCAUGGCAUAUACACCGGUAUUCUUGGUGUUACGUUGUGGAACAUGUUCAUCAACAAACGCUGGCCGAACCGGCGAGUCUUGGUCGUCGUCAUUAUUCUCCUUCAUGCACUGACUACCAUCAAUUUUGCUGCCCAAUGGUCAUCUAUAUCCUCCUUAUUCAUUGAAAACGGGCAAAGCUUUUGGACUGUAAACUCAAAGCUUAACGGCGUGGACCAAGCAUUCAUUUGGGAGAUGGGUUUUACAGCCACUAUAAGUACCAUUCUCGCAGACUCAUAUAUUAUCUGGUGCUGUUGGAUGGUCUGGGAACAGUGCUGGCUCAUUGUUCUGCCUCCAAUUCUUUGCCUAAUUUCUACAACUGUGUCGAAAAUCAUUAUUGUCUAUCACGACUACUUCGAUGAAUCGGAGUCAGCAUUACUGACACUCUACUUAUCUUCCACCCUGGCAACGACAUUAUGGUGUACGCUGUUCAUCAUUUACCGCAUGUUGACUGUAAACGGGGUUGUACGCGGAGCAGGCAGCCGACUGAGAGUUUAUCGCCGUUUUAUUAAAGUAUUAGUGGAGUCCUCCGCUCUUUAUUCGAUAGCUCUGGUCCUAUUCUUGGCUGUAUUCCUUGGCAAUGAUGUUAGAGUGGAUUACUUCGAUGUCCUAACUGCUAUCGCGAAGGGAAUUGCACCCACUCUCCUUAUUGGCAAAGCAACGGCAGGACAUACACUCCCAACCGAAGAACGUGAUGAAAGUUCGCCAGUGUCUACCAUCCGUUUCCAGACGUCUUCGCAAUCCUCUCAAUCUUCGCAACCUGAGUCCACUUCAAGCUUCCAGGAAUCCACCAGACAGAGCGCAGUCCUUGAGUUAGACAUUGAAGCUCAACGGGAGCGGUCGGAUGAGCUCGUGGUAGUUGUUGAAAGGACGCAAUAAAGCUCAUGGCGAACAUCUGAAACUCAGGGUGGGACUUUGGACUUGAUUUAGACUGCCAUUUUUUAAUUUGUAGGACAGUCUUAAGGACUGAUGUUAUUCCUUCGUGUUCGUGAGUAACUGCAGAGACGUGACGUACCCACUGUAAACUAGGACAUACUCCGAGUCUGUUCUCCAUCGUCGCCUGAUUAGGUGUGCUGCUGUCUGCCAUACCGCUUGCUUCGAGGACGCGUCAGAUUUGUACAUCGUAGAGGAAGCAUGAAUACGCGAUGCAAGGUGGUUGCGCCUAGCUGAAUACGCUGCCCUCGAGUAAUGUGCGAUCAGUACAAGUGGUACAAUGU